GGGAACUCAUAAAUGUAUAAAUACUGCAGAGAGGAUGGAGCCAGGCUAGAUAAGAAGAUAAAAAAGAUUUGUCAGAAAACUUGUUCUUCAUCAGCAGUGAGGAAAAAUCCCACCACCCAUCCCAGCCACUAUAAGGAUGCACUAGGCCAUACCCUUUCACUUCUGAGCUGUGUGCAAGUGAUCCUGCUGGACUACUCAGGCAUGUGUGUCUCAUUGCUUCUGAGUAGGUGUGUGUGAGUGCAUACAGUCUAGGAGAGAAUUAGUGGGGGGUGGGUAAAACCAAUCUCUUCAGAGAUUUGUUAAAUAGAUUCCCCUCCCCGAUGUCACGCUGGCCUUUAUUACACUGUUUUCUAGAAGAGCACAAGACACUCUGUUGUUGCUUCUAGUUCCAAACCAGCACUUGAUCAGACAGAAAUGUUGUUCACUAAAUACUGAGGUGAACUUGCCACGUCCUCAUAUCAAGGUCUCCACUUAUUCAAGGUGAGCCAUAGGUCAUUGCAAAUGGGCUAAGCUUGCCUUUACAGCCUAUAGAGGAAAGACAUCGCAAUAUAAAUUCCCGUAAUUAUCCCAUGGCACUUGUCACUAGCAAGAGCCUGAUAUGGAUACGUUAAUUUUCAACAUACCCUUUCUGUUUACCUCAGCAAGGGAGUGAACAAAUCACAGCUGGGAUCUGCAAACUUUGCAGUGUGCAAUCGGUUUCAUCAGAGUCAGUGAUCGUAGAGAAGAGAAGGGCGGAAAACCUCAGGGCUUACCUAGCAGCGAUCCCUUACUUAGCAGCUUAGAAACAAAGUCUAGGAACAAAGAUCUAAGAAGGCACUGAGGUGCUUCUUAGGUGAAACAGGAGGUGCUGGACUCAGCAUCGUGGAAGGCUGCUUGCCUUGCUGCAGACACCGCACUGCCACCCCACCCUUGGCUGUUAGCAAGACAUUAACAAAGGUGGGAAAUACAGGGGAAAAACAACCCAGCACAGACAAUGGGUAGUUGGGAUAAAAGGCAUGAGUCAAGGAGAACUGGCUGGAUGGAACAAGCCCCUAAGAAACGAAAUAAUGAAGACCUCCUGACGUACUACCCACAUCAUCUUGAUGCAAAAAAGAGAUGUUUAUGUGCAAACCAGAACACCAGCUAUUUCCCUCUGCCUCGUUUUGGCUUCGUGAUUAGAGACAUCCAGGUAUCGAAGGAGAUCACCAGGAAACGUGAAUCAAAUGGAUGUUUUACUAGAAAAGAAGUUAUUUUCAUCGAUGAACACACUGAAUAUUGCAGACCAGUGUCACCAGAGAACCGUAACCUCACUGAUGCUACAAGCCUAGUGCAAGAACAGGGGAGACAAGCAGCAAGCAGAGGUAGCAUACAAUCCCAAAGCAUAGACUUUAGUGUGCGUUCUGGAGACAGACCAACAUCAAAAUCUCCAGCUAGAAGGGCUGAACCAACAGAUUUGUGUCAUCUCGCUAAAGAUUUCAGCAAGAAGGUCUACUGGCUUGCAGCAGUUUGUCUCCUUGUAACUGUGGGAGUUCUGUGCUGGACAAGGCUACGGCAUCAGCUGGGGAAUUACUACUGGCUUUCCCUCGUACUUAUGAUGUCUAUUGCUACUGUUAUCCUGAGUUCAGCUGUCAGCCUAAUUAUUUCAAAAAAUGCCUUUUGCACUUGGACAGUGACAGUAACUGGAAGUGUAAUAAUUGGAAUAAUUUCAAAUUUCUAUGAAACAGUGACUAUAAUGCAAGUUGGAGGAAUAACUGCAUUUGCAACCCUGUUACUGUUUUUAUUUGCUCUGAAGACAAAUAAACCCCUGACAAACAUGACCAUAUCAACCACUACAAGCACCCUGGGCACUGCUGGGGCAAUCGUUUGUGUCCUUAGAAAUUCAUACGUGUUCCAGGCUAUAUACGCUCUAUUUGGAAUGCUGCUCUUUGCUACUGAUCUGACGAGGACAGUAGCUGAGCUUGAAAGUCAACGGACAACCAACAAAAAAGUCAAAAAGUCAAAGCUUGAAAGUCAACCAACAAAAAUGCAACGCUCCAUGGACUAUGCUGAGGCAGCACAAAGACUUGUCAUAUCUAUUGCUAUGAUCUUCUUCUUCACUUUGCUAUUAGUUGGUUGAACGCACAACAAAGCCGAAUAUUUUGGCAAACUUCAGUUUCAGCGAAAGUCCUGUGUUACCCAAAGGAAGGUGCGUGACAGCUCAUUCAGGCGUUCUGGCAAGGUGAUUACGGGAUGGAUUUCCAUAUAAUAAACUUCCUAUAGAUGAAAAAGUA